AUGUUACAACCAUUCCAGUUGAAUAUUUGUUAUAUUGCUAGAUUUAAAAAUAAAGUAGCAGACUUGCUUUCCCGACCAAGGAGAAUUUUUUCAAGGGAUAUGGAAUUAAAAGAUAAAGUUGAAAUUGACACAGUUUCUAGAAAUGAUUAUGUAACAACAAUGAUACAGCAUGAAUCUACUGGUGGUAGUGAAGUAGAUAAUGGAACAGAUGAUAAAACACAUGAAAUUAUGGAUAAGAAAAUUUUUGUUUUUUAUAAUAAUGUUCUUAAUGAUAAUGUUGGUAGAAGUUUCACCACUGAUCACCUAAUUGAAGCACAAAGUCAGGAUAGUCAAUUAAAAGACGAUAAUUUUAAAUCUUCAAAAAUUCUCAAAAUUCUUAAUAAGAGUUGGUUUAACCCAAGAAUGUUUGUAGUAUUGAAAAGUAUUGAAGAUAGUUGUGAAGCAUGUUUAAGAAUGGAUAGACAUCAUAAUCCCAAGUUGAGAAAGUUGAUAUUGAUGUACAAGCAACCUAGGGUUGCAUAUGCAGUUGACUUGGCAGGACCAUAG